AUGAACCACUACAUGUGCAGUUGUCUGCCUUAUGUUCUAGGUGGAGGGCUCUAUCCUGCGCACUUUCACAUCGGCACUCACGAUAAUGUUGCCGAUGAUCCUUCCAGAUUGAAGGCCUUACGCGAGCCAUGUGAUGCUCAAUCUCUCUGGCUAGAGCGACUGCUGCUUGGCGACUACCGGCACUUCGACCUGGUUCGGCGUGCAGACGACUGUGUCGGUGCUCCGGGCAAGUGGGCCCGAUUAGUUAUGCUCAAGCUGCUCUGCGACUGGGAUGCCAAGGUUAAUCUGGACGCCACCGGUGGCCUCAGCAACUUGGUGGCUCAACGCCGCGGUUUACCGAGCAGCGGUGUGUGUAUCUCUGCUUUGGGGCUGGCCUUCGCAGCAGCUCUGCUUUUGGGCUUCCACGGGCUCCUCCGGCCUGGGGAGUUUCUCAAGCUUCGGCGAAGGGAUCUUAUUCUUCCUUGCGAUUUGCUUACCAGCACCCCCAUUGCAUACGUCCGCAUUCUGGGAGCAAAAACAAAGCGCUUUCUGCAGCACCAACGUGCAAAGAUCUCCGAUGUCCUCGCGGUUCGGUUUCUUGAAGCCUUGUACGGCCCUUCUCCGAGAGCUGAGCUGUUGUUCAACUGCUCCCCCAGCGUUUUUCGCCGCCGCUGGGACUACUUGUUUCAGCACUUAGGCGUGCCGGUUGGUGACAAUGAGCGCGGCAUCACUCCGAAGUGCCUUCGCGGAUCAGGUGCCACUUGGCUUUAUCAAAUGACCGAGGACAUUGGUCGGAUUCAAUGGCGUGGCAGAUGGCAACAAAGGCGCACCCUUGAGCACUACCUGCAGGACGUUGCGGGGCAGCUCUUACUGACCGACCUGACAGAGAGUCAGCGCUCUGUUGUGCUCGAGCUGGCGCCUUUUGCGGCUACUCUUCUGAGUCUCUACGAGUCGAAGCUUCUGCGGACUUAA